AAGUCGCACGAUGUAGUGGCUGCUGGCGAUUCACCACUCUCUACGAUUUUACCUCGGUUUCCCUCGAACGGAACUCGGCGUACAUCUCUGCGUGUAUAAUACAAGUGUCCAAGUGUCUGUGCCUGUGUCUGUGAGAAGAAGCUCGAGAAACACUCGGAUAUUUUUGUGCCAGCCAGACAGUGUUGUUUAACUAUGAAAACGAUGGGCGACGUGGUAGCGGAUCCUGUCGACGAACAGAACGUUGGUUCUGGCUCGGCGCAAAACGCCAACACUAGCAAGGAAUUCGGCCAGAAGACCCUUAGAUCGCUCAAGAGAGGCCUCGGCAGGCUUUGGAGGAGACAACGGGGUAACGCGUCCAUCACCGAAUACGACCCCUGCUACAAGGUCGCUUAUCUUGGGAACGUUCUCACUGGAUGGGCCAAGGGGGAGGGCUGCGUGGAGAAACCAGUAUCGACGUUAUGGCGCAAUUACUUUACCAGCAGCCGACCGGACGUGUCGAUGAGGCUGACGGUGACGAACGGUGGGCUGACCGCGACGACCAAGUAUCACGGUCUGACGGAGUACUGGGCGCACAGGGUGACCUAUUGCACGGCACCUGCUUCCCAUCCACGGCUCUUCGUCUGGGUGUACCGGCACGAGGGACGCAGGUUAAGGCCCGAGCUCAGGUGUCACGCCGCCCUUUGCAGCAAAGAGUCCACUGCUAGGAGGCUCGCCUCGACCUUGAACGCCAGGUUACAACAGGCGCUUCUGGAAUUCCGACGGGACAAGGUCUCCAGACAAAAUGCUAGAUUAUCCCUAGCAAACGCUCUGUACGAGAAUCCUUCGUUACCACGGCGAAAGCUGCUUCUGAGCACCGGUGGCCAGAAUUACCGGCCACCUCUGGAGAGAUCAAAAAGCGCGCCGAAAUUAUCGGCGAUCGAGGAGGACAUAGCCGCUGAGGAAAUCGAACAACAGAGGAUCCUCGAGGAACUGAGGACCUUGGAGAACGUGGCACGUAGCUGGCAAGAUCAGGACAGCUGGCGGCUCGCCCGACUGCUUGACGCUUUGAAUCGCGAAUCGUCUGACGAAAACGGAAGUAUAUCCAGCGGAUGCGAGACGGCCAGCACAGCGACAAGCGAAGAGAGAGCCCCUGGUUUGGAAGAUCAUCAUGGCACAGGUGAUGGUACGGAACAGCGAAGGGACAACAGAAGAGUGAUGUUCUCCGAGGACACGGUCGGAAGAGGUCCAGGACCCCGAAGGAAUUCCGAGGGUUCGCCGAAUUUCAUGACCUGCGCGGGCAGCCCGCGGUUUCACCGUCAGAACGUGGUGGUGACCAGCCGAAAAAGGUUUUCGCCGGGAAACGAGGAGGACGAGUCGAUGGAAGAGGAAGAGGAGGAAAUCGAGGACCAAGCCUCGCAUGUGUUCGACUUCGAGGACGUCGAGGACUUCGACGACGUGGUCGAUUACAGGCCAAGGGGCGAGAUUCUACGCAGACUGGACGAUCCCCAGAACCUGGAAAGACGAACGAUGGAAAAGUAUCCUGUGUCUGGCAGGAUAAACCACGAUCUGCUGCGAAACGAUGCGUCCGCUUUCUUAACCUUAGACUCACUCGACGAGGAAGUGGACAGCGACGAGAGCGGGUACGUCGAGGCGCCGCCGAAAUCUUUACUGGGCCAGGACGAUCGUAAGGAGGAAGAGGAGUUGCACCCAAGUCAGAGUGAGUCGGCUGACCUCCUCAGAGGAUCGAAACGCAACGAUUCCAAAGAAACUAUGCAAAUCGAGGAGGAUGACGAGGGGAAGGAGGAAGAAAGUGGAGAAGAUGAAGAGGAGGAGGAGGAGGAGGAGGAGGAGGAGGAAGUCAUCGAGGAGAAUCAGAGGAUAAAGGAAAAGGAAAGGGAGAGGACCGAUUUCAUCAAGUGUCCUAUUUCGGAAACGAUUAAGAAGCUGGCGAACGCGUCGCUGAAGAGCUCCAAGUCCUUGGAAAUGACCACGAGCAACUGUCUGAAAGCUCUGAGCAACUUGAACACCUCGAAAUCGUUCGAUGCCGUGAAGGUUGCCGAAAUGGACGGAGAAUCGCCGAGCCUUCACCAGAGGAAGCAGUUGCUCGCUCAACAAGGUGUUAUCGUUUAA